ACUGCAACACACCCGCAAGGAAACAUAAGAGUAAAAGUUGGAAUCAAGACCCAACAACCCCAGUUGCUGAAACCAAAUCCUCUGGGCAGGUCCCUUCUGUUCAGCAAUGGCGGCUGCAACACCAACAGUCUCAAACAAGAAUAGAUGAGGCAUCUGGGUCCCACGGCGAACACACCCACAAAGAAACAAAGAGUAAAAGUUGCGAUGAAACCCAACAACCCAUUUGCUGAAACCGAAUCCCCUGGGGAGGUCCCUUCUGUUCAGCAAUAUGGCGGAGGCAACACCAGCAGUCCCAAACAAGAACAGAUAUGCAGUUGUUACAGGGUCAAACAAAGGAAUAGGGUUUGAAAUAUGUAGGCAGUUGGCUUGUAAUGGGGUCCUGGUGGUUUUAACAGCCAGAGACCAGAAGAAGGGACUUGAGGCUGUUGAGAAACUCAACGGGUGUGGCCUUUCUGAUCUUGUCUUCUUCCAUCAGCUUGAUGUGGUGGAACCAUCUAGUAUUGCUUCCCUUGUUGAUUUCAUCAAGACCAAAUUUGGAAGACUUGAUAUUUUGGUGAACAAUGCUUGGAUUGGGGGACUCAUCAUGGACUGGGAAGUUUUCCAGUCAACAACGACAAAGGGAGGAACUUACCAGCUUUUGAACUCAAAUGAUCACGCCAAUUUUUUGAAAAGAAAUAACAGAAACCCUGCUGAUUACUGCCCAGAUAUUGCUCAUCAGCCUCAAACACUGAUCCAUGACCACGGGACCAAAGUGAUGACUCAGACUUAUGAGAUGGCGGAAGCAUACUUGCAAACAAACUACUACGAUGCAAAGAGGAUGAUCGAAGCAUUUAUCCCACUUCUGAAGCUAUAUGUUUCGCCAAGGAUCGUCAAUGUUUCUUCUGGAGCAGGGCAGUUACAGAACAUACCAGGCGAGUGGGUUAGAACAGUGUUGAAUGAUGUGGAAAGCCUUACAAAAAAGAGGAUAGACGAGCUGAUAAAUGAUGAGUUCCUGCAAGAUUUCAAAGCAGGAUCACUGGAGACCAGAAGCUGGCCUGUCGUCUUCUCGGCCUACACAAUGUCCAAAGCUGCCAUGAACGCUUACUCGAGAAUCCUCGCGAAGAAGAACCCGGGUUUUCGGAUUAACUGCGUCUGCCCUGGUUACCUCAAAACCGACAUUAACGGAAAUACCGACCACCAGAGUGUAGAAGAAGGUGUUAAAUGUCCAGUGAAGCUUGCCCUCCUGCUCGAUGAUGGCCCUACUAGCUUUUUCUUCUCCAUGGGUGAAGUCACAUCCUUUUAA